AUGCGCCAUGUCAACUUUCUCUACGUCAACACACGUAUACACCAUGUCAACAUUCUCUACGUCUACACACAUAUGCACAAUGUCAACUUUUUCUACGUCAACACACGUAUGCACCAUGUCAACUUUCUCUACGUCAACACACGUAUGCACCAUGUCAACUUUAUCUACGUCAACACACGUAUACACCAUGUCAACGUUCUCUACGUCUACACACAUAUGCACCAUGUCAACUUUCUCUACUUCUACACACAUAUGCACCUUGUCAACUUUCUCUACGUCUACACACAUAUGCACCAUGUGAACUUUCUCUACUUCUACACACAUAUGCACCAUGUCAACUUUCUCUACGUCUACACACAUAUGCACCAUGUCAACUUUCUCUACGUCUACACACGUAUACACCAUGUCAACGUUCUCUACGUCUACACACAUAUGCACUUUGUCAACUUUCUCUACUUCUACACACAUAUGCACCAUGUCAACUUUCUCUACGUCUACACACAUAUGCACCAUGUCAACUUUCUCUACGUCUACACACAUAUGCACCAUGUCAUGUUUCUCUACGUCUACACACAUAUGCACCAUGUCAACUUUCUCUACGUCUACACACAUAUGCACCAUGUCAACUUUCUCUACGUCUACUCACAUAUGCACCAUGUCAACUUUCUCUACGUCUACACACAUAUGCACCAUGUCAACUUUCUCUACUUCUACACACAUAUGCACCAUGUCAACUUUCUCUACUUCUACACACAUAUGCACCAUGUCAACUUUCUCUACUUCUACACACAUAUGCACCAUGUCAACUUUCUCUACGUCUACACACAUAUGCACCAUGUCAUGUUUCUCUACGUCUACACACGUAUACACCAUGUCAAGGUUCUCUACGUCUACAUACAUAUGCACCAUGUCAACUUUCUCUGCGUCUACACAAAUAUGCACCAUGUCAACUUUCUCUACUUCUACACACGUAUGCACCAUGUCAACUUUCUCUGCGUCUAA